AUCCCGGCGCUGUCCCGCGGGGAGGCACGGCCGGGAGCCCGGGCACCGGCUCCCUACGCUGAACCCUUCGCCUUUGGAAUGCCCGCACGGGGUACCCCCCCGGCUCCCCCGCAGCCCGGUCCUGCCCCGGCGGAGCGGCUGAGCCCCGGCUAUGCAUGAAUGUAUUGCGAGAGAGGAAGCUUGCGGCACCCGGGAGGCGGAGGCACCGCUCCCGCUCCUCUCCCCUCCUCGGGCAUCUAGCGAAAAGGCGAAGGAGGAAAAAAAAGCAGCGAGAGAAGGAGGUUCCCCCCUCUCCCGCCUCCCCGCUCGCCCCCGCGCAGCCCCGGGGAUGCUGUGAUGCCCUACAGCCCCCGAGCCCCGCCGGCUGAGCCCCGGCAGGAGGAGGAGGAGGAGGAAGGUCGGACAGCCUCGCCGAGACCCGCAGGAGGAGGAGGAGGAAGGUGCGAGGCUGCCCCGGGCGGCGGCUCCGCGGCGCUGAGCGGGAGAGGCUCCGCCGCUGCCUCCGCAGCCCCCGGUGCCCCCGAACCCCCGCGGGGCUCCGGCUGCUCCUGAAAAAAGGAGGGCAAAGCCACAAAAUCCUCAACCCCCGAGCCCUGGCAGCGCCGGAGAAGGAGCCUCCGAAUUCAGAGAUUUGACUACUUUUCGUUGGUUUAUUUUUUUUGUUUUGUUUUGUUUUUUUCUUUUAAUUUAUUAUAUUUUUUGGCUUUUUCCCCCCGUGGUUUUCUCGCCGUUCUUAUUGUCGGUUUUUUUCGUGCGAAAGGAAGUUCUGAACAACUGCAAGUCAGGAAGUGGAAAUCCACACCGGCUGUGACAAGCCGGGGCUAAAAACUAUUUCAUUAUUUAUAUAGAUGUGUCUAUCAACAUUCUGCUUUUCAUCCAAAGAAUAAAGGGAAAUACCGGCUAGUCCUAUGUUUGACGGGGAAUGACAGACCGCGUCUGGGGAAAGGAAGGACUAAAUAUAUCAGCUAAGAUCACCACCGUUAUUUAUUGAACUCGAGAGACCUUUUUUUAACCCAAAGACUGUUUGAGCGAGAGAUUUAAUGGGCCAUUAAAAGGGGAAAAAAACAUUUUAAAGGCCCUUUUGCUUCUGAAGCGCAGCUAACCUCAAAAUAGGAGCCGUACUUGUAAGACAGACGCUCAGAUUAAGGCUUUACGUGAUGAAUUUUCUAUCCUAUGGAUAUCAGUUUUGAGAUUACAAACCAAGAAGAUCUGUAAUUGAUCUAGCACCAGAUAAUUUCAAUGCCUAAUAUUCCCCAGGAUUGCUGGAGUAUCCGAGGAGCUGUGUCGGACUGUAUUCGGGGUAUGCCAUGGGCUGUAUUCAGAGUAUUAGCUGCAAAUCCAAAGUUUUCCGGGAAAGUAUUUCAGUGAUUGAAGUCAAAGCCUCCAUCGAUCCCAUUCCCACCAGCAUCGACGAGUCCUCCAGCGUGGUCCUGCGCUACCGGACCCCUCACUUCCGAGCCUCUGCGCAAGUGUUGGUGCCCCCUAUACCCAAGAAGGAGACCUGGAUCGUGGGCUGGAUCCAGGCUUGCAGCCACAUGGAAUUUUACAAUCACUACGGGGAACAGGGCAUGUCAAGUUGGGAGCUUCCGGAUCUACUGGAUGGUAAAAUCCAGGCCAUCAGUGACUCAGACGGAGUGAACUAUCCCUGGUACGGAAACACGACAGAAACCUGCACCAUCGUGGGUCCCACAAAAAAGGAGUCCAAGUUCAACAUCAGCAUGAACGACAACUUCUACCCGAGCGUGACGUGGGCAGUGCCCGUCAGUGAGAGCAACGUGGCCAAACUCACAAGCAUUCACCGGGAUCAAAGCUUCACCACCUGGCUGGUGGCAACCAACACGGCUACCAACGAAAUGGUGACCUUGCAGACUAUCAAAUGGCGCAUGAGGCUGGGCAUCGAGGUGAAUCCCAGCAGACCCUUGGGGCAGCGUGCCAAGCUGCAGGAGCCCUCUGCUCAAGAGCAGCCCCAGGUCCUUAGCAAGAAUGAGCCAAUACCACCCAGUGCCCUUGUCAAACCCAAUGCCAAUGAUGCUCAGGUACUCAUGUGGAGGCCAAAGGAUGGACCACCGCUUGUGGUGAUACCUCCAAAACACCGAUAAUAUAAACCUGGCGUCCCGGCACCAAAAGGGAGAAAAAACAAAACAAAACAAAGCGAAACAAUCACUUAGGUAUUAGAAUACACACAUAUAAUCUGAGCAAAAUCAAAAUGCACUUUUUAUUCAUUCAACAAAUGCAACCAUUCUACCUUCUCCCAUUGGGACGGAUUUCACUGUGCUAAAGCUAAAGAGGAGACCUUUGACUGGGGUCUGUCUCAUCACUGGAUUCCUAAGGGAAGAAACUAACACUGAUGUCUACCCGUAGAGCUUUUUUUUUUCUUCCCUACUUUAGUUACUGUUUGAACUUCAGUCUCAUGAGCUUGUCCAGACUGCCCAGAACGAGAACGUUUUAUUUGGGGUUUUAAGAGUCUAUUUUUUUUUCUUUUUGGUUGAGAACAAAACAAGUUCCUGGAACAAAAAGUUGACUAUUUAAGAUACGGAUAUUUUUUUUUUUAAAGCUGUAAGGUUCUGAGUUGCAAAUCCAAGUCAUGCGGCCUUAUGUAGACUUUGCUUUGCAUUGCCAAACUUUUGCCUUAAAGCUAUGUUUGAAAAAAAAACAACCAACCAACAACCCAACAAGAACACCACCACGCAGAAUGUCCUUUCUACAGAAUUCUUGGGAGAAAGUUUCAGAACAAGGAAUAGAUCAUCAGUGUGUCACAGGCUGAGGGAUGAAAAGGGCAUGAAGCUGGAAGAAAUAUGAUAAAAAUACCUUCCUGCUUUUAAAACCUGGAAGAAGGAAGCACGGAAAGAAUCUCAUUUUCAAAGCAAUGCAAAUAACAAACCUGCUGUAGGAUGUUUCUUGAGUGGGAGCUACAAGGCCAUCUCCCUGCUUCGCAGAAGGGGUAGCAACGAGCCUGCACUGCUUGCACUUGGUGAGCUCAGUCUCCCAUCAGCGUUAUAACAUGGGAUAAUCUCACAACUGGAAUUGCGGCCCUGGGAAUCAACAUAAAUUGAGAAAGGGGAAUGUACCACCAGGUUUGUCUCUAGGACACACUCAGCUAGCCCACGGUCUCACCUUCUCGUGGCAUAAGAGCCAACGGGCUCGUGCAGCGGCUGUUGUUGGGUGAAGCUCUUGCCCCGUUUUCCCAUGAAAUCCAAAUGAUGGUGCUGUAAGAAGAGCAGGAUAUAAAAAGGCUCCUUCUGAAGUCAUUGGAGAUGCAUGGGUGUAAGCGAGGGCAGAUCUUCUCUACUGAGUCUACCCAGCAAUAUCCAUAAUUCAGGAGCAGCCACAUCUGAAAAUAACAGGCACCCAUUCCUAGGAAACACUAUAAGCAAAAGAUAUGGAAAAACUCUUCUUCCCACAACAGCAACAUCGCGUUGGGGUGCGGUAAUUUUCUUCCAAACGACCUCGUGAUCUACGCGACUGCCAGGAAUGGGGCACAGACAGGACCAUGAUGCUCUACCUGUCUGGUUAUGGCACAAACGUCGGUGUAGCAAAGGGUAACGCACGAGAAGGUGCAAGCGGGGCAAUGCCUGAGUCUUGGGUGUAGAUCCUCCGGUGAGUAAGGUGGAGCCUGUAGGUUUUGAUAAGGACCUUGUCCAGAUGGCUUCAGAGAUAAGCAGAUGCAAUUCUGCAGAGGAAGGCAGCGCGGAGGAGCGGUUUGAAUGGGAAGGACAGGGUCUGCAGGAAGUUCUGCAGAGGUGGCAUCUGGAGGACAGGGGCACAGGACGGGGAGUGGAACAUCUGCUCUCUGGCUCCAGCACAUGGCCUGAGGCAGAUCGCUUCCCCUUCCCUCUGCAGCUCCUUCCCCUAGAUAUAACAUUUCUUCCUCUAAUUAACAAUCUGCCUCAAGAGCUAGGACUGAAGAGAGCUCAGGGUGCCGGAUACAAGACUGGCCCUGCUGAGCUGGUCUGAACAGGUUUCACAACCACACACAUGCUGCUCAAAAGUCUCUCCCCUCGGAGAGGCACCAAUUAGCUGCUAUUGCCGUCUUCAUCUUCCACAUAGGACAUUACCAGCAAGAAAUUCUCCUUCCUCACUUCUCCAAAGCCAUACCAUCUACUUUGGCAAGAGGUCCAACACCACCACCUGCCUGGGGAAGGCAUGCCCAGAAGAUACUAACCCCGCUGUGGCACUCUCAAACCAGCAAACAAGGAUCCUGGGUCCCUGCAACAACUCCCGUUUCCAGGGCAGCUCGCCCUCCUCCACGCACCGGUUUUCAGAGAUGCUCGGCCAUGGAGCUGCUCUCUUCAACGGGCACAUCUCUGAGGUAGGAUGGCCAGUGUUAAUAAGCAGCUUGCAAAUGGAUGGACUGGAUCAAACCCAAAUCCACGAGCCACAAAUUGCCUAAAUCUAGGCUUUGGGACUAUAAAGGAUGAAGCUAGGGAGACUUUGACUUGCACAGUCACUCUCUGUAUUAAACUCCAUUUUCUUACAUGGAUUUGAAUCCUAACUAUAGCUCUACUGGCACAGCCCUUUGGGAUUCGCCUGUAUUUUCUCCUAGGCAAUACAUGCAGAAGAGGACAAAAUGUGAGCUGUGGGUGAAUAGCUGAUAACGCUUGCACGCAUCUCGGCUACCGCUUAAGAUGCACUUCUGGGCAGUCCCGUGGGUGGGAGCAGAAGGGGCGUUUAUGUCUGGCAUUCACUUUGUCUCCAGGUGCUGAGUACUUACAGUUCUCACUGAUGUCAGCAUGGGUCGAAGAAAUCGGACCCAGUUGUCUUAAUUAGCUGCACGAAGGAAUUCCAAGGAAAGAUUUCUUCUCAGUCACCAAAAAAAAAACCACAUUCAGGGAACACCUACAUCCUUUUCCACUUAGCUCUGUGUUGGACUUAGUCUCCCAAUGCAUUAAGUAAAUCUGGUUCCUCCUCCUCCCUCUACCUGGUCGACUGGAUGCAUCCGUGCAAUUUGAUAGUAACCUCCUGGCUAAUUCAUCCUGUUGCACUGAACAGACCCAGCUGAGCAGUAAAUAUGAAAUUCAAAUUUCACGUUGGGGUCAGCUUUGCAUGGACUUCUCCCUUCCCAAAGAAUGCCUUUAUCCCACGCCUCGGUUGAAACGUGCCCCUCCACCUCCAUUGACAUCACCAGACACGGCACAGGAAAGCGAUGCUGCCUCUUUUGAGAUUCCAUGCGUUGUGAUUAAAAAAGCGAUGGUUUUCUAAUGCUGCUUCAUUGUAAAACUGAGGGGGACAGACGGAAUAUAAAAGGAACGGUGGCUGGGAGCAACCGGUGCGAUGGACACCGCUGUUGGUACAGCGGGUGGUUAGAACAGGGAUUGACAGCGGCCCAGAAGGGAUUCCAAUGUCUGGGGACCCAGGGCGGCCCGUGCUGAGUAAGGUGGGAGAGAAGCAGAGGUAAAUAAAGCUCCUUCUCCGGCAGCUUUUUGCAAAACCAGACCUACACAAAGGAUAACCCGAGGAGGUGAUGGGGCACCCACAGGGGAUAGCGAUGUAUGAGCUUGCCUCUGCCUCACCUCUCCCGCCAGCGAUGCUCGGCUCUUUCUAGCCCGGAUCACCACAGGAGCCGAGUGUAGCGUGGCCAUCCCUGUCAAAAUCCAGGGUGGGAAGCAGCAGGGGGAGACCUGGCCGGGAGCCUCACCUGCACCUUCUCCCUCGAGCAGAGAGACGGGGGCUGGCAGACACCAUCGAGCAGCAUCACAGGCCGUUUGGUUUUCGUUUCCUACUCUUGACACCGAGAGGAGCGUGGUGAGAGAAGGGCAGCCCCUUGGAGAGUCAACAGAGAGAUUCAGCAGUGCUGGGGAGGGGGAGACCUGUUGAGCUGGCGCAGCGGAGAGCAAGGCUGGUUCCAGCAGCAGGAGGUUAAGGGAAGGGCUGCGGGAGCCUUGGCAUCGCCCUCCCUCCUGCCCCGGCUCCUGGCGCAGCAAUAAGAAUCGUCCUUGGUCUUGCAGAGCUACUGUGAAAACAAAACCAAGAUGUACCGAGUCUGGACACUUACAGAGAUGUAAAAAAACUCAAAACUCUGCUUUUAUAACAGACAGAGAAAUAAAGUGAAGUUUUCAAAUGCGUCUGCCUGGAGUCGUUUGGGCAGUGGCUGUUUUUUAAACGAAUGGCACCACCGCCUCUGCACUCACAUUUCAA